AUGGGGUACCUCGCGUCGCUCCUCGCAUCGCUCCUCGGGCCGGCGGCGCCGGCGGCCGUGCUCAGCCUAGCGGGCCUCGGCGCGGCCGUGCUCGCGUACGCGGCGUACAGGGCGGCGGCGUUCGCGCGGGUGUACGCGGGGCCGCUGGCGGAGGCGUCGGUGCCGGUGCCGUGGGCGCGGGGCGGGGCGGUGGGGCUGCAGACGGGGGACGCGGCGCUGACGCGGGUGCUGGCGCCGGCGCUGGCGCGGUUCCUGCACGCGGGCGGGGGCGGGCGCGCCGCGUGGGCGCUGGUGGUCGGCGCGGACGCCGGCGCCGGCGUCGGCCCCGCGCUGUGCCGCGAGCUCGCCGCCCGCGGCUUCAACGUGGUGCUGUACGGCGCCGACGGCCGCGCCCUGCGCGCCGCCCGCGCGCGCCUCGCCCGCGCCCACCCCGACGCCCGCUUCCGCGCCGUCGUCGAGCGCCGCGCCCCCGCCCCCGCCCCGGACCCGGGCUUCGCCCUCCGCGUCGCCGCCUCCCUCCACUCGCUCAACCUCACGCUGCUCGUGCUCGUCGACCUGCGCGCCGACGGCGCCAAGGGCGGCCGCAGCGCCCCCGAGAUGCUGGACGCGCUGCGCGCCAGCGUCGCCGCCCAGGCCGUGCGCGUCGCCGCCGCCGUCCUGCCGCUGCUGCGCCGCAGCCGCCCGUCGCUGGUGGUGGCCGUCGGGCCCGCGGCGCCGCGCCCCGGCCCCGCCGCGCGCGCCGCCGACCUCGCGCUCGCGCUGGCCCGCGACCACGGCGUCGAGGCCGCGGCGCACCGGCUCGGCGACGUCGCGCCGGGCGAGGACGCGGCGUCCUGGCUGCGCCCGGCGCCGCGCGACGCCGCCCGCGCCGUCCUCGCCCGCGUCGGCUGCGGCCGCGACGUCGUCCUGCCCUACUGGCCCCACGCGCUGCUGCACGCGGCGCGCCAGGCGCUGGUGCCGUGGGCGCUGCUCGCGCAGAGGGUUGCCGGCGCAAAAGGUGGUGGUGGUGGUUGGGGGGGGAAGGUCUGGGGAGAAGACGCGGUGAUGGCGUGA